AUGAACAUCAAAUCCAUCUCAAUGACACAUUACAAAGCAAUAAUGCGCAUGAUGAAAGGAUACCAUGAUACAUUCAAAGAUUUACAUCAAGCAAAAAUCGAAACUGAUGAAGAAAUUAACAAAAUUUAUGGAAUGAUUGAAAACAAUUUGAUCAAAACAAAUAUUUUCCAACCUGCCCAAAUAAUUAAUUUAUAUUCAGUUCUAUUUGCAUAUAAAAACAAAAAUAAUAGUUUAUAUUUUAAAAUUUUCAAAAAAGUUUAUGAUGAAUAUCCCACAGCUAAAAAUGAACUUCUUUCAUCGCCAUUUUGCUACUAUUUAGAAAAGGAUUACGGAAUUAAAGCAAACUCAAAUAAUGGUUAUGUUGAUAAGGCUAUGAAUGAAUUAAAUCCUCCUUUAGGCGUUUUUAGAGACAACACAAUCAUGAAGGCAAUUAUGAAUGAUGAUAUUAAAUCAUGUAAAGAAUUCACCAACAAAGAAAAGUUUGAUCCAAAUGAAACAGUAACAAACCAUUUUAUGGUAGAAGAACCGGAUUUCUCUUAUCUCGAGCUUUGCUGUUAUUAUGGUUCUGUGGAAUGUUUUAUGUAUUUGAGGUCUAAAUUCAAUUCUGAAAUAACUAAAAAAUGUCUGAAGCUUUCAUUUCUCAGCGGAAAUCUCAAAAUUAUCAAUGAAUGUUUGUUGUAUCAAAAACCAAAUCAAAAGUGCAUGGAAUAUGCAAUAUUUUCAUACAAUAAUGAUUUGGUAAUGCUUUUAGUCAACAAAUACAAAAUUCAAAUUGAUCCAGAUAUAUGUCAACGAAGUAAUAAUAUCGAAUCUCUUGCUUUAUUUAUGGAACAAACAAGAGAUUAUGACAAAAUUUUUCCAAGUGCAUCUAUGUUUUAUUCUCUCGAACUCAUGAAGUAUUUAUCGCCAUUGGUUAAAAACUUCAAUACACAAGAUAAUGAUGGAUGGACUGCUGUUAUUGGAGCAAUUGAUCACAAUCGUAUUGAUAUAAUGGAAUAUUUAAUUUCAUUAGGUGCAGAUGUCAAUUUGGCUGAUAACAAAGGGAGAACUCCUCUGAUGAUAGCAGUUAACUUAAACAGAUAA